UUCUUUCCACUGUGUUUACUAAUGGCGGCUAAAUGCCCGUCGGAUAAAUCAAGUAGUGGUCGCCGUCAAUCUCCUUAAGUCAAAGAGGAAAAUAAAAAGAAGUGCUGAUGGCGGAUCCCGCGGUCGCGUCGGGAGGGUCGCUGAAUUCAGGCGGACGCAGCGUUGGAGCCAAAGCAGCAUCCAGUCCGGCAGAGAACUACCUGUUGGCCCGCCGCCGCACGCUGCAGGUGGUUGUUAGCGCGCUCCUCACCGAGAGUGGCUUCGAGAGCGCAGAGAAGGCGGCGGUGGAGACGCUCACAGAGAUGAUGCAGAGCUAUAUAACUGAAAUAGGUCGAUGUGCUAAAGCAUAUUGUGAACACACAGCCAGGAGUAUCCCAACCCUGUCAGACACGGUGGUGACCCUCAUCGAGAUGGGUUUCAAUGUGGACACCCUGCCUGUGUACGCCAAACGAUCUCAGAGGAUGGUCAUAACUGCCCCUCCCGUCACCAACGCACCCGUGACUCCUAAAUCGUUGUCAGCUGGGCAGAAGCGCACGCAUCCACCGCACAUUCCCAGCUACUUCCCAGAGUUCCCAGACCCCCACACCUACAUCAAAACACCCACUUUCAGGGAGCCGGUGUCAGAAUACCAGGUGGUGCGAGAGAAGGCGGCAACCCAGAGGAGAGACGUGGAACGAGCCCUCACACGAUUCAUGGCCAAGACCGGAGAAACUCAGAGCCUCUUCAAAGACGACGUCACUGCCUUCCCAUUGAUCGCAGCGCGGCCAAGCGUCAUCCCGUACCUGAGCGCCCUCUUACCCUCGGAGCUGGAACUGCAGAGUCUGGAGGAAACUGACUCAUCUGAGCAGGAUGACCAGACGGACGGCGAGAACGUGGCAGGAAACAUCAUCACGGAUGAUCCAGGCGCUGACAAAGAGAACUCCAUGCUUCCUCCCAGCGGCGUCGUUCCGUCUUCCAAGGCCAGCGAGGAGAACAUGAUUGACAACCCGUACCUCCGGCCGGUCAAGAAACCCAAAGUGAGGAGGAAGAAAUGAGUCUGGAUCUGCUGGAGCCAACAGACUCAUGUUUACCUCAGCAGUUGGUGCUGGACUCCACAGAGAGGAGUGGAACCUACUGGGAUCACAGGGCUGGACCAGUAGGACCAGUGCUGCUGACUGACAUCUGUCAAACAGGACUGGGUUACCUUCGCAGAACUUUCUCACAUUGUAUAUAAUUAGUCUGAAGUCAUUUUGUUGAACAUGCAGAACAUACAGGACCUGCAGGAGGAAAAAAAAAGUUUGUUUUUUACUUUUUUUUUUAUUUGAGUUUGUUUCUGUUUUAUUGAGCAGUAAAAUAAGAUAAAAACAGGG